UGCAUUGACAAAGUACGAAACGAAACGAACGAACGUGCCGUGCCGAUUAAUGUGAUGUGAAAGGGAAAGUAAUUUCUUCUUGAUUUUAGUGAAAUAAAGUCACAAACUAUACUUUUAUCGUAUCGACAAGCAGGAGCGACAAAUAUAUAUUAUUUCAGCAACUAUUAACACACUCAAUAACUAUGGAUGAUGUAGCAGAUGUUAUUUCAUCACCCGCGGAGUUGUUAAGUGUAGGCAGGAGACAUCUCGCAGUCAGAGACUACAAUGCAGCAGCCGAGGCUUUGGCUAAGGCCUGCGAGCUGCUUGCUGCGGAACAUGGGGAUACCGCUGAUCAAUGCGCUGAAGCUUAUUUAUGGUAUGGCAAAUCUCUUCUUGGCUUAUCAAGAGAAGAAAGCGGUGUUUUAGGAGAUGGUAUGCCAGGAACUGGUAAUGCUGAUGAAGAUGAAAAUGGAGAUCAAGAAGAUAAUGAUGAACAGAAUGAAGAUGGUGAAGCAGAGACUGAAGCGAAUGCUGAAGCAGAGGCUGAAGGGAAUGCUGAAGCUAAAAUGGAGACUCAGGACAAUUCAGUUGACAGCGGAACUAAAGUGGAGAAGACUGAGGCCGAAUCUACCACAAAAGAUGAUGAACCAACUGUGGUGACCAGCGGGACUGAUGAUGAGAAACCGGGUACAUCAAAUGGUGACGCAAUGGACGAGUCUAUGGCCAAUUUGGACAAUGAAGACGAUAUUGACAAUCUACAAUUAGCUUGGGAAAUGCUCGAUCUGUCUCGUAGUAUUCUGAAGCGUCGUGCGGAGGGCGGCGGCGGUGACGUCACGCGGCGGCUGCUGGCCGACGUGCACCUCGCGCUGGGGGAGGUCGCCCUCGAAAGUGAGACUUACGACAAAGCUGUCACUGAUAUGAUGUGCUGUUUGGAAAUCCAAAAGGAACUGCACAACAGUGAUGAUAGAUGUAUUGCCGAAACUCACUAUCAGAUUGGUCUCGCAAACUCUUUGGCAUCGAAUUUCGAAGACGCAGUAACACAUUUCAAGAACGCAGCAAAUAUUUUAGAAUCCAGAAUCAAAGCAUUAGAGAAUGCGAACCCUAAAGAUGACGCUACUAUAAAGAAAUAUAAAUUAAACGAUCCCUUCUAUUCUAUUGAAGCGGAGAUUAAAGAAUUAAAGGAACUUUUGCCUGAAAUACAAGAGAAAAUUCAAGAUAUGAUGGAUUAUAAAGCAGAGACGAUAAAACGUGUCCGUGAGACAUUAUGCCCGGAGAAUGGUGAGGGUUCAGGGGAGCCGAGUGUUGCUAGUUCCACCUCCUCAGAACCUAAACCUAAACCUGCAGCAUCAGAUAUUUCACAUCUCAUCAAGAGGAAGAGGAAGGCCAGUGACAGUGAGGCAGAUUCUGCCUCUAAAAGAGUUAAUACAUGAUGUGUGUUUAGUGGAAAGUGAUUUAGUGUUAAGAAUCCUGCUAAAGUUAAGAAAAAAAAGGUAAGUUUGCUAUUUUUUAAGUUAAAUCUACUUGAAAUCUAAUGGUAAUUUUAUUCUGUUUAAUUACUAAAUUUCGUUACUUAAAAUCAAAUAUCUUGGUACUGACUUGGAAAAAUUGUAAUAUUUAUUUUGUUUAAUUUAAUGGUUUUUAAGUUUAGUCAGAAUAUUUUAAUGAAAAAUUAAAGGGAAAUUGAUUACUUCUUAAUAUACUUAUACAAAUUUGCUACAAAUGUUAACUAUUUGAUAAAAUAAGAUAUUUCUUAAGUGUCUUAAUUUUGUUCUUUUUAUAUAGAUAAUUCAUAUUCCAUUAUUUAAGGGGUAUCAGUAUCUCUUAUUAAAUUAUAGUACAAUAUUUAAAAAAAAAUCUAUAUGGGGAAUGUUUAAAAUUUAUGUCUUUAUUACAAGCAUAUAAGGAAUAAACCUUAAGUUAUGUUCUGUUAUUAAAAAUGAUAGAAAUCUCUUGACAAUGUAACAAGGUGAAAUACUUUUAGCGCAGUUAAAUCCCUUGUUGGCAAUUUUAACAUCUGUCUGUCAAUAAAUGGAACUGUAAUUAUUGUUUCCCUAAUGAUUAAAUCCCAUCAUGAAAAAAUAUUCCUAUUAGAUUAUGUGGUCAGAGGGCCAAUCAGCCCAAUAUUAGACACCUACUGUUAUCAAUACCUUUGACAAGUCUCUGACUGAACUAGAUUUAAAGUAAUGUGCUUGAAUCUAUUCUACAUUAGCAUAUUAAUAUAAUUUAGUAUUUGUAAGUAUAAAAUAAUGUUAAUUAUUAUAAUAAACCCAUGGGUAUGUUUGUA